AUGGCGAUCACGCACGAGGCGUCCCGGGGCACGAGAGUGCCUGUGCUGCUGCUGCCUCGGCAGCAGCAGCAGCAGCCUGCGAGCUGCAGCAGCAGCCCGGGCGGAAGCUGCAACUGCAGCUGCAGCAGCUGCUGCCGGCGCAGCAGCAGCAGCAGCAGCAACAUAAGCAACUUGACGCUGCGGGAGGUCUACAGCCGCUUUGCUGCUGCAGCGCUGGUCAACACGACCCUAAACGGCGCUGCUGCUGCUGUGUCUGCGCUGCUGCUGCUGCGGCGCAGGGGCCCCCGGCUGCUGUCCAUAGGGCUGGGUGUGGGGGCCCCCCUGGGCUGGUCUUUAAGAGAAGCAGAUUUGUACCUGAGGGACCCCAGCAGCAGCAGCAGCAGCAACUUGCUGCCGCCCACUGCUGACCCCCUGCUGCUGCUGCAGCAGAAGCAGCAGCGCCUGCAGCACCUCAUUCGCUACACCACCGACUCCCCCUACCUCAAGCAGCUAAGGAAAAGAAUAUUUCCUUCAGAAUAA